GCAAAAUCUGUGGAUUGGACAAUCCUCAGCUUCCAACUUCCACAUUCAAGCUCAGAGUCGGAGCAGGACAAUACCCUUUUGUGGCGCUUGCUUCUUCUGCAAGGACGCUGCAUCUGCCACUUUUCAUAAGAUCAAUCCAACCUUCACUUGCUAGCUCUCGAAAGCCAUUCUGGACAUUAAAGAGCGUCGCAAUCUUGUGGCCCUUCAGUAGGACGUCUGCAAACGAGAGGGAUGGAGCUGCAAACAGCGAAGGAGCAGCAAUCAGACGGCCCAUUGGAAGCAUACACUAGCCGCACUUCUGCUGGAGCUGACGCAUCAGUGACGGGACUGCCACUGAAGAAUGAACAGUGGGGAGGAGACGGAUUGAGGUUGAGUGGUGAAGGAGCGUCAGAUGCAGCGCUAAUCACAAAUGCUCAGACGAGUACAAUGGGGGAUCCGAAAGGGGCUGCAGGUUCUUUCACACAAGAAGGAAUGCGGUCUGAUGGAAGUGGCAAGCCUGGGGAGGAAGCAAGCGAUGAAAAAGGGGGACAGAGCAGCUUGGCAGCUGCAGAAAGGCCGACGGUGGUCAGGAUCAAAAGGAGGAGGACGGAGUCGCCGCUAGAUGCUUUAAUGCUGGAGGUGGCCAGCCGGGAACAAUCAGGCGGGGGCCUCAAUGAUGCAAUCGUGAGGCUUGCGAUCGAAGAGCGGCCCACAGCACGCAAGCUGUUCCGCAGAAUCGACACGGUCUCAGAAGCGGACCUGAGGGCAGAGGGGGCUGGGGAGUCGCUACUGCAGCGACUCAAUGGGCUGCGACAGACUGGACCUGAUGUGGCGGGACUAAGUUCAGAGGGGGGCUUGCCUGCACGGGACAGAGAAGAGCCUUCCAGACUGGAAAGCUCAAACACCGAGGCCGAGGCAGAAGGCAGGAUCACUGAAGACGGGAAACAGGCAGAGACCGCGGGGGCCCAGAGGUCUCCUUCAGUGCCGGUCUUCCAAGCCACCCACUCCGAAAAGGGCUCCGCUGUAAAACGCCCCCCCGCAAAGCACAUGCGGAUAGAAGCGCACGGGCAGUCGAGAGAGGACGCCCUCAGCGAGGACCUCCGGAGAGGGCGUCAGCAGGAGCUGAUGACGUCAGCAAGGAAAGGGCGGCUCGAGGCAGCGUCAGCGGCGCGGUACGAGCAGGUACGGGGGCGGAGGGGGGUGGCCGACCCGAUGGGGGAGCUGUUCCGGCUGUAUGACGUCAUCAGGGUGGACGAGGAGGAGGAGUGGCGGAGGGCGGAGCGGGAGGCGAGGAAACGGGCCGUCCACGAGAUGUCCGAACGGCGGAUGCUCCUGAUGAACUACCUGCCGCUACUGCGCGAGACUGUCCCGAGUGCGGCGGCUGACCUGCAGGCGCCUGCCACGUGGCAGGACGACGGCCAGGCGGCCGAGGAUGACGUCAGCGACGGGGAGGACUACGUGUACGACGUGUUUGCGCUGGAGGAAGGGGCGACGGACGAAGCGGAUGGCGCAGAUGAGCUGCAUCCCGUUGUCCGAGUUGCGGAUGAUCUGGACAUGCGGCCGACGGACGAGGCCCCGUCCGAGUACGACAGCGAAGACUCCAACGACGAGAACAACCCUGACAAUGACUAUCCAGAAGACGAAUUCGACGGGGCCAUAGACGCUGUAAGCGACGCGUCUAGCCAGGACCGCGACCUGGACGUCUACGCAGAUGAUGACGAGGAGUACGACGUCAUGGCGUACGAUGAGGAGGACAGCGACGAGGAGGGGGUCCGCGUAGGGGCCGCCAUGUCUAGUUGGGCCAUGCGGAGGUAAUAAAAGCAUGAUUGAACCGAUGAUACUGUUUUAAAAAACCGCUAGAGUCAGGAAGGUGAAUGGACAUUUUAAAGUCGCAUACGGGAAACGUUAAGAAUGUAAAAACUGUCGUGAUCUGUAGGUAGCUACAAGGAAGAUUAAAUGUGGUCACCAAUAAGCCAGGAGAACAAGGAGAGAGAUAGCCGCACAUUGCGAAGAAUAUAUCGGUAGAUUACCUUGCGGAAUUGCGGGCAAGGUUUUGCAGAAGGGCAGAGGAGUACGAAAGUCACGAAUGUCAGAAGCGACCCCAUGAGUAUUCGAGUGCAGAUGUAGCAUGCUGCAAGCGUGUAUAGAUUUAGCGCAGCAUCAAUUUAGACAGUUUCAAGGUGGUCACUCCCGCUCCAUCGGAAACUGCCCUUGUGGCUUUGAUCAGAUCACCAACC